CGAAAAAAAAACAUAACAUUAAUCAAUCAAAUCAUUUCCCACCUGACUUACAAUAUAAUCAAGAAUAACUUCAAAGCUUCAGUUAGCAUUUUAAAUCAAAAAACCAAAAAUGAAAGGGCAAUUCUAUACACAGUUACUUAAUUGCUAAGUACAGCCACGUUUAAUUACAAUUCCUAAUGUACCCUCCUUUACGUAACACUGUGCUCAUUCCAAAAGUUACUCAGCAAUUCAUCGUGAACGCUGUGCGUUUGUAAGCUUGGUGCAGAUCCCAGAGGAACACGAGGAUUACUUCCGAGAUGGUGAUGAUUAUAUAUAUACAGUAGAGUGGUACACUGAGAAGGGGUGAAGACGACCUCUUUUCUCUGUGGAUCAUCUUUAUUCAGGCACCGGUGAAUGAGUAUAGUAGAAGAAACUGGCAAUUAUGGCUAUCCUGUUUAGGAGCAUGUGGAGUCGGUUGAUGAUGAGAUUGGUUGACAAUUGACAACACUCGAAGAUGGUUUAGUGGUGGACUGGUGGCACCGCCGUAUUGGCAGCCUCUCUGCUGAAUUUACUCAUCCCGUUCGGCCGCCUGCCUCUUUCAACAGUGUAUAAAUGUGUGUAGAAAUAAUCAACUGUGAAAGUGCGUUCGUUGAUUCAUAAUAUGAGGCCGGCGAGUGGUAUUUAUUUCAGCCGUGUAAAACUUUUGGUUGUCUUCCUCCACGCCGGUGUAAGAGCCUUCUCUAGCAAUUUCACAGACCUGUCUAGAGCGACCGUUAAUUACUUCACUGUUUGGAGUUGCAGCCGUUGCUUCCCAGCCUUCGCUGUUUGGAGCUGCUUCGUUUGCGGCCAUUCAUCCCCAUCUCUCAGCAUCAACCCACCGUUCGAUUUCUUUGCCCCGCAGACUCGCAGUGCAGUGACCUACGCCAUAACCUCAUUCAGGUUCUCCAAACCUAGCCCUAACCUCAGCCUACUGCUCCGGACUCCCAUCGUUCCCGUCUUAUGUGGUAAUAAAGCGGCGGCGUUGGCUGAAAAUCAAGCUUUCAUUUAAACUUUAGUGUGAGUAUGUGUUUCUGUUUAUUUGUGCCUAUCGUCUAUUGGAAGCCUCUUGGUUUUGACUAGAUACCAGUGGUUUCAGGCUCUCGCUCAGCGGCGGAGGUGGAGGGGUGGCCAACCGGUGAUUUUGACUAGAUACCAUAAAUAAACAAAUAGAAACACGAAGAUACUACCACAUAAUCUUGGUUGCCUAGCUAUUUGAAAAAAAAUUAAAAAGAAAAACCAUGUGAAUAUCAAGGAGUGGCCUUUGAUGUAGUCAACAAAACAAAGAAUUUGAAAAUUAAAUUUUAAUUGACUAAUGGAGGUGCAGAGAAGCUUGAAAGGGAAUUGCAUGUUUGCUCAGCUCAACUAAAACGACUUUCUAGAAAAUGGUGAUGAAGAAAAUCAGUCUCCGCCUCCUCAUAACAAAUAAAAUCAAACUAUUAAAUUCAAAAAUUUGUAAAAUUAUCUUUUACACUAAAAAGAAUAAGGGAGAGAAUUCGUAAGAAUUCUUACUAUAUAAAUUUUAAAAUUGCUUAUAUUUUUAAUGUAAAAUUUUGUGUGUGAAUAUUUAUCUGUAAAAAUUCUUUGUACCGGCCCAGCCCAAGUCUUACUCCUAGCUACGCCCUUGCUCUCGCUCUUGAUUUGAUGCAUAUAUAUUCUUCAUCCUAUUGUUGCUUAAUUGUCUGGAUAUUAUAGAUAUGUUAUGUUUUUAUGGCCACUGGUGUUUAAAAUUUUUGGAUUCUGUUUUAAG